UCUGACUGUUCAGAACCAACUACCCCUGAACAUACAAUCAGAGCGCAAUAACCGUUCUCAACAAAGUCAAAAGUAUAUAUUUAAAGCAAAAUGUCAGUGAGUGAAAAUUCAAUGAUGCUGAUGACGUUGAACACCGAUAGCCGGAGUAUUUCACCGAUGACGCCGUCGCCUUCGCGGGAAAUGCGCGGCAUCCGACUUUUCCGCGCAAUCAGCCGCAAACUUGCGCGUCGUGGUGGCGUCAACCAUCAAGAUGACUACGAAGACGACAGCCGUUCUUCCAGUACUGACUCUUCGGGUAAAGGCAACAGUUCAUCAGGCGAAUCUGGUUUCCGUUCCGUGUCUCCACAUCACAUGUCCUCCAGCAGCAGUGAAACCGGAAGCGAUAAGGUUCGACACCACCUUUCCACAUCAGCGGAGAGCAUCCGCAGAGUGUUCCAAAACCUCAGCAUCAACGCAAGGUCAAAAAGCUGCACCAACACUAAAGAGUCUAAAAGAAAAGCUGCCAAGAAGUCGCCACCAAAAAAGAUUCUUCGCGCGCCAGUGACCUACACGUACGUGAAAGGAAUGAGCGGCCUACCGACCCAGCGAGUGCCCAAAACCACAACAAAGAUAUAUCUCAACAACUGCGGCGGAUGCAGCUUGCAAUAUAUGGCAGCGCUGCACCGAUAAAACUAACUCGUCGAUCACUACGAGCAACCGCACUAUAUCAACUUCUACAAAAUUUUAAACAACCUUAUGAACUUAUGGGCAAUAUAAUUAAGUACACAUUCCGCAUCGUUCUAUGCGCGCCAAUCCCUAUACGAAGAUAAAACUCCUCGAAAAGACUGCCGACUCGACUCGUCGCAUGUGGUACUACAUACUUUGUACUAAUAAUAAAGUCGAAAACAAUUACGAUACUUAACGAAUGAAAUUUGUACAAAAAAUGAAAACAAUUUGUAAAUAAAUCGACUUUUUAUAUUUAAUUGAUGUAAAACGGUUAAUGACGAACAAGCGUCGUUCGCAAAAAUCAAUUAUACUUAAACAAAUAUACGAUGAUUCAAAACACAACAUAUAUCAAACUUGGAAUACGAAUUGUUUAGAUUUUCUGUUGUUGAAAAUCUUGUGCACUGAAUACCCACUUAAGAGUACUAUACACUUUACAGACUGUAUCAAGUAGACUGUUGAAUUAAUUAAUUAUAUUAUUGAAUACUGUAAUUGACACACUAUGAUAUGCACUGUAAUCUAUGAAUUUACAUUUAUCUAGUAUUGUAUAUGAAACAAAAAACACCGAUUUUAUUACGAGCUAUGCAGUAAUAACAUGGAAAGAAUACAAUUGCAACUUGUAAUUUUUGACAGAUACUAUUGCAAUAAAUAAAACUUUUAAAUACA